UCAUAUCAGAUCACCUUAGCCUCUUCAAGAACCGAACCAAACCUCUGAUUUAUAUAUAUUCAACUAUACUGCUUCAUCUAUCAGUGUAACAAUGAGGAAACAGAGCGUUUCUGCAACCUUAAUUCUUGCCUCCUUGCUGUGUUUCUUCCUUUUCUUGCAUGCAGCAAAGGCACAAGAAGUUGAGGAUGAGAGAGAAUUUGAAUACGAUGAAGACAGCGACAAGGGGCCGAGUAAAUGGGGAGACAUAAAGAAAGAAUGGGCAGCUUGCAAGAAUGGAAAAUUGCAGUCCCCAAUAGAUUUAUCCCACGAGAGGGUGAAAAUAUUUCAGAAGGUGGAGAAGAAGAGUUACACACCUGCAAAUGCCACUGUCAAGAAUCGAGGCCAUGACAUUUCGAUUGAGUGGCAUGGUGAUGCUGGAUCGAUUCUCAUCAACGGCACAGAGUACUCUCUUAAAGCAGCUCAUUGGCACUCUCCUUCCGAGCAUACCAUUCAUGGAAGAAGGUACGCUUUGGAACUGCACAUGCUUCACAUGAACACAGACAAACAAACCGGGCAGAACAAAACAGCUGUCAUCGCCGUUCUCUACAAGAUUGGCAAACCAAACGCGUUUCUUUCCAAGUUGAUGACGAAUAUAACAUCCAUGAUUGAUCAAGAGGACGUGGAGAGAAACCUAGGCUUUGUUGAUCCAAAUGAAAUCAAAUUUAUAACCAAAAAAUACUAUAGAUACGUUGGCUCUCUCACUACUCCCCCUUGCACUGAAGGAGUUAUCUGGACAGUCAAUAAAAAGAUAAAAACUGUAUCCAAGAGGCAAGUGAAGUUGCUUCGAGAAGCUGUUCACGACUUCGCUGAGAGAAACUCACGGCCGCUUCAACAACGCAACAGUAGAAAAAUCUAUCUCCGGCUGCCGGCAGGGAGUUCAAAGUGAUUGAUGAUAUGAUGAUACACUUCCUACACAAAAUAAAGAACUAAGUUAUUAUUACAGAAUGGAAUUAGGGUAUUUCAUUUAUUGAUUUUGUGGAGUUUUGCACCAUAGGUGAAUUAAAUUUAUUGUUUUGUAUUGUAAUCAGUUGUACUACACGUAUAUUUUGUUAUUAUACUACAUAUUUUUACUUUAUUA